ACACGCGCUAGGCACACUCGCACAGUAUAAACGCAGGGACGGUUUUCAGAGGAACCCCCUUUUUAUAAGCUUUGCGAGCAUUGUAAUUUCUUCAUCUGAAGAUUCAUAAAGUUUUCUAGUCUGAUGUCUUACUAGUAUUCUUUUCGUGUGAGCCGCGGUCCUAUAACAACACCAGACGUACCGCAUAAACACGAACAUAUCCCGUCUCUCAGCGUGCCAUGUGUUACUUGGACGCACAUGGUGCUCUCACUGCAGACUCACUUUAACAUAUCGCAUAAAUAGCCUUCAAAAUGACGUGACGGGAACAAUGUAGGCUACUGCACUUCAUAAAGGCACACAUGACAAGCCGCGGCCUUUUACGUCCAGGGUCAAAUCUUUACAAGUCAUCCGGCCUUGAGCUGCAGUUGACUUGUUGUUCAACACGCAGACUUGAAAGUUAAACACAGCCAAAUCGCUCGUACCAGUGUUACUCGCAUUGAACAUUAAUCCACCAUGAGCAUUACCGAACAAAUCCAGGCGUUGAUGCCGGACUUGGUCAACGGGAAAACACUCCAACAACUGGAGGAGGAGUUGGCUGCUACCGACAAGCAGAUGGGCUGCCAUGUCGUAAAUGGGAGAAAAUUCCCGGUUUUCAUUCCGCAGUCCAAUCUGGAAGCUCUGAGGACUUUUGAAGUGCGCGAUGACGACGUGUACGUCUUCACCUACCCAAGAUCAGGCACACACUGGAUGGGUGAAAUAAUGCAUUAUAUCCUUCACGAUGGGAAGGGGGAUUUCAACCGUUCUUUCAUGACCAACGCGUUGGAGAUCACGAAGGCAGAUGACCCAACUCAAAUUGAGAGUGCCGCGACCCCCGGGUACAAGACAUACGCAGCCAUGGCAUCGCCACGGUGCAUCUUAAGCCACUGCUUGGAGAGUUUUCGACCUCCUCAGAUCUUAACUAAGCAAGCAAAGGUGGUGUACGUGGCCCGAAACCCAAAGGAUAUGCUCGUUUCGUUGUUCAACAUGGCAUCGCAUUGGAAUUUUGAUGAGGUGUUCUGGGCAUUUUGCCACGGGAAAAUGGUAAUGGGAUGUUGGUUUGAGCACGUGCUCAGCUAUUGGAACCAGCGGGACAAGGAGAAUUUUCUGUUUGUAAAGUACGAAGAUCUCCACAAGGACCUCAGGGGCUCCAUUUGCAAACUAGCUCAGCAUGUUGGGAAGGAUCUACCCGAUGACGUCAUCGAUGACAUCGUGGAACGCGUGACAUUUGGUGGGAUGCAGAAGACUUAUCAACAGAUUGAGGAAGAACGCGGGGAGGAGGGGAAACGCAUGACGCGUUACCUAGGAGUGGUUCCGUAUCUUAGACAAGGACAAGUCGGCAACUGGAAGAACACUUUCACUGUGGCACAGAGCGCCCUGUUCGACAAGAUCUAUGCAUUGAAGAUGGAAGGGACCGGCUUGGAGUUUGACUUUGAGCUUUGAGAGCCCCGAUGUGAGACGUGCUGCUCUAGCUGCACUAUACUACUGCAUAUAAUUGCCUCUCUGUAUUCCAUUCUGUAGAGCUCUACCAUGCAGAUAGGACCUAUAGGCCUAUGAUUAUAAUUUCGGAUGCGGGAUAGAUCUUGCCAAAAGAGGCCUAUAAUUAUAAUACAGUUCAGUUGUAAAUAUGAUUCUUGAUAACCUCUAUGACCACAAGGGAAAUAUUUUUAAUUGAAUUCAAAUUUACAGCUAGGCGAAUAAGUAAUUAAAUCAAAGAAAGGUUUGCCUAUAACUUGGGAGUGUAAUUGGGUCUAUGAUGGUUUCCCAUGGCACAUGCAUGUUCUCCAGUAUAACUCGGCAGUGUCCCCGUGCUGCCUUUUAAAUCUCCAUGGUGUUCCCAUUGUGUCCAUAAUUUAUAUCACCCACAUUAUGGUAUUCUCAUGGUGUCCGAAUCCUCAUGGUGUACCCAUGUGUCUAAAAUCCCCAUGAUGUUCCCAUGGUGUCCAGUAAAUCCCCAUGGUGUUCCCAU